AUGCAGAUGCAGGCCGUUCUUGGUGUUUUGAAGGAGCAAGGAGCCUUGGUGGGGGUCUUGUUUUCAAAUGCGGGCAGAUCGCAAUACGUCGGUGAAUCCUCGGUAGUCGGCGGAACGAUUUUCCAGGGGCCCGAAAGCCGAGUGGAGUUCGAGUUGGGUUGGUCAGCGUCAAUAACUCUCACUCACUCACUCCAGUUCCGAAUCUCAAAAUCUCGCAGACCCUGGAUGUUUUACUACCAAAGCCUUCAAAUCGCGGACCUAGAAAUGGCCUCAAAAAGUGUCUCCAUACGUUCGUGUCCCUCAACUUUCAGCUCAAUUCUUUGCUAAGCGGCUCCAUAGCUACCGCCACCGGCGCAAACCUACCAGCAACCAGCCAAGCAACAUCAAAUCCAAAGGUACCUUUCGCCGUCCCGUCUUCUCGAAUCGAUUGUCUAACAAGAUAAUUUCCAAUAGCCAUGCUGCGUAUGUAAAGAAGAAAAAGCCUCGCGCGACGAAUGUAUGCUAUUCAGCAAUGCCAAAGACCCACAGAAGGAUUGCGCUUCCACGAUCGAUAAAUACAAAAGCUGUAUGGCGGGCUUCGGAUUCAAUCUUCCUUGA